UAUGGACAGAGAGCAGUGGGCACUGCGGCGUGAAUGUAGCAACUGGACUUCUCUUCUCCGUGGUUACUAAGACCAAACAAGGAUAACAGCCAGAGCACUAUCCUGUCCACCGAGGUAGUGGGUGGAUGCAGCUUUCAUCACACUGCUAUAGGGGAAAGCAGAGACUGUAAAGAAGCUGCGGAGAUACAUCUAGUUUAUCCAUAUUGUGGUGAUCGUCAGAAAAUGGACUGUUACCUCCAAGUACACUUUUGUUGGAUUGCUAUCUCUUAUUAAACACUGUUUGCAGGAACUUGCAUGGUAAAGACUUCUUUGCAUGGACUUUGCUGCCUGUGUUUAGUGGACUUGCAGGAUUUCUGUGGAGUGUGUGUCUCAAUGAUGCUGCUGUAUCUUAUUCUGCUGGGCACGGCUCACACAGCCUCAAGCAUCUACCCAAGGAUACGGCUUUCCCACAAAGAGCUUUGGCAGUUGAACAGGACCUGGGUGUUCCAGGGACAUGGAGCGUCUCUUCAGCCCCAGACCAUGCUGCUGGAUGAGGGCCAUGAGAGACUUUAUGUUGGGGCCAAGAAUACUCUCUUCUCCCUUAGCCUGGACCGAGUUAACACACACCACAGAGAGAUCCAGUGGGCCAGUACAGAACCUCAGAUUGAGGAGUGUCUGCUGAAGGGGAGGGAAAAGUCGGAGUGUGCUAACUACAUCAAGGUUCUGCAACAGUACAACCAGACCCAUUUGCUGGUCUGUGGAACAGGAGCCUUUAACCCCACUUGUGUCCUGAUCAGAGUGGGACAAACAGGGCAGGGCAGGCUGUUUGCUCUUGAAGAAGACAGUAUCAUGAGUGGAAGAGGACGCUGCCCGUACGACCCCAAUAGUCCCUGUACGUCUACUCUCUCCAGAGGAGAGCUGUAUAUUGGCCUGUAUACUGACUACUGGGAGAAUGAUGGUGCUUUCUGUCGACUUAACAACCAGACCUACACCCGCACUGAAAGAGACGACAGACAGCAACUCAAUGAACCUAAAUUUGUGGGGUCAGCAGUUAUUCCUGACAACGAUGACAGGGAUGAUGAUAAAGUUUACUUGUUCUUCACUGAGCGAGAGAUGGAUGCUGAGGGAAUGAACAAGGCGGUGUAUACUCGAGUUGGGCGAGUCUGUGCGAAUGACCAGGGAGGACAGAGAAUGCUGGUGAAUCGCUGGAGCUCCUUCCUGAAAACUCGUCUUAUCUGCUCUGUGGCUGGACCGAAUGGCAUUGAUACACACUUUGAUGAACUUGAGGAUGUGUUUGUGCUCAAGAACAAGGAUGGGAAAAACCCAGAAAUCUUUGGCCUCUUUAGUACAACAAGUGCGGUGUUUAAAGGCUAUGCGGUGUGUGUCUAUCACAUGGAUGAUAUAAGAGCAGCCUUUAAUGGUCCAUUUGCUUACCGAGAGAGACCUGAGCAUCACUGGACACCUUAUGAGGACAGAGUGCCGUACCCUCGACCUGGAUCUUGUGCCAGUAAAGUGAACGGCGGUGGCUUCGCCAGCUCUAAGGAGUUUCCUGAUGAGGUUUUGCGGUUUGUGCGUUCUCAUCCUGUGAUGUAUCGUCCAGUCCUUCCCCAGCAUCGAAGACCUGUGCUGCUGCAGACAGAGCCAGGCAGAAGAAAGCUGACCCAGAUCGCUGUGGACAGAGUCCAAGCCCAGGAUGGACACUACCAUGUUCUCUACAUCGGCACUGACGACUCAGUGGUGUUGAAAGUUAUCACCAUCUACAACAAAGAGACAGACUCUAUGGAGGAGGUGCUGCUGGAAGAGCUGCAAGUAUUCAAGGUGCCAGCACCAAUAAGAGAGAUCAUAAUAUCACCUAAAAGGCAACAGCUGUAUGUGGGGUCAGAGGUGGGUGUGGCCCAGGUCAGACUGCAUCAGUGUGACCUCUAUGGCUCAGAAUGUGCUGAUUGUUGUCUGGCCAGAGACCCGUACUGUGCCUGGGAUGGUAUCACCUGCUCCAGAUAUUACCCUGCUGGAGCCUACACCAAAAGCAGACGAUUCAGGCGGCAGGAUGUUCGCCAUGGCAACGCCGUCCAGCUGUGCAAUGGGCUGCAAAUUGAUGAUGAGCAACGGCCUAGAUCUGAGGAGAGGCUUGUGUACGGUGUGGAGAGCAACAGCACAUUAUUGGAGUGUGUCCCUAGAUCACUUCAAGCUAAGGUCCUCUGGCUCUUACAGAAAGAUGGAGAGAAACACGAGGUUCGAGGUGAUGAGCGGGUUAUCAUGACCCCCCACGGGCUGCUGUUUUUACGAGUGAGAAGCUCCGAUGCUGGUGUGUACGUGUGCCAGACUGUGGAACAUGGAUAUGUGCAUACAUUAUUACAUAUCUCUCUACAAGUGCUCAGAGGGGAGAGAGUGGAGUCAGCGAUCCACAGGGCUAAUGAUGCGGACAGAGAGAAAGCUGCAGCUCCAUGUCACAUCUCCAUGGACCCCCCACCAGGCCCCAGCAUCAGCCCCAGGGCUCUGGUGCCAUCCUCAGUCCCAGGCCCCCACUCCAAGCUGUGGUACAAAGAGUUUCUCCAUCUGAUUGGCUACGGAGAUGCCCAGAGAGUAGAGGAGUACUGUGAGAGAGUCUGGUGCGCCGAUAAAAAACGUAAAAAGACAAAAAGAAGGUAUGUCCCUUCGGGUGGCGAGAAAAGAGGGAAAGGGAGAGGAGAGGAGAACUCCCACCGAGUGCCCAGGCAAACAUUAGACACCUGAGGAGAACAGAGAUUGACUGCACACACACACACUCACACACACACACACACACACACACACACACACACACACACACACACACACACACACACACACACACACACACACACACACGUACAGACACAUGCACAGUCUAAAGGUCAGACUCACUCAGUGUUUGCAUCAUGUAAAAUGUUUCAACUUUGCUUUCAACAUAAGCAGUAACAGAAAAACAACAGUAGCAGGCCGUCUAGUUAUUGUAGCUACAUUACACAUCACUCUGUAGUUUGACUGUGAUAUUUCCAUUUAAAAGCAACAUUUUGCCCUUUUUGUGUGUGGUACUGAUUAUGUGGUGCAGACCCUGGGUAAAUACUAUAAACGUCAGCGUCAGAGCAAUGCAGAGGCCCUGGGAGGAGAUGGACGACUGUGUGUUGCCUCUGAUCUGAAGAAGCAGAAUAUGAUAUUUAAACUCCUGUGGACUGACCCAGCCCAACCCAGCUGUCCAUCCAAACACAUACAGAGACUGCUACACUAAACCUGUGCCUCACCUCUCAUGCAAUGGCUCUAUAUGACAAACUCUUACUGUAUCUAUUAUGAGAGAAAACUAUGUUAAAGGUAAUGGCCUUCUAAUCUUUUUUUGGUACUAUUUUAACUUAUUUUCGUGGUCUCUACUUUGAGUUCUGUAUUUGUUUUUUAGAUGUCAUAAACUGGAAAAUAUAGUGUUGUUGUUUUUGUACAGUGAAAAAUGCCUUGAGCUUUAUGAUACUGCUAAUUUGAUUAUAAUGUGGUCACAGCUUUGGUGUGUGUGGUUAUAAUGGCCACAAUGCAUACAUUAAUAUGUUGCAAUGCCACUAUUAUGGAUAUUUGAGGCAUGUUUUAAUUAUAAUUAUGCCCUCAAUGGAAAUGAUCAUUAUUUAAGCACUUGUGAAAAACUGUUAAUGUAGAUUAAAAGUGGUCCGAUCAGUAUAUAAUAUUGUUAUUGUAAGUGUCUACAUUUACAUUUACACAAUGGGAUCAAAUGUACCAACAGUAUUGUGUGUAUUGUAUAUUGUAUUUAUCUAAAAUUCAGGGUGGUCUUUGUGUGCACAUCUGGUAACUAUAUUCUAUAUGUAUUCAGAAAGUCACCGUUCUCUGCUGGCUGCUCCCGACUCUUUCUCUUUUUCUCUCUCUUUUACUCCUUCUCCCUAUUUCUGUCUAUUACACCCUCCUCCCCCUUCAUCACGUGCACCUCACCCCUCACCCCUCCUUUUGGUUGUCUCUAACAAUGUUGCAGAUGGGAUUCAUAAAUACCCCAGCAAUGUAGAACACAACAUUUCCCUCAGAAGAAAAAAAGACCAAAAAAUGUUAGGGUGACCAUCCAAGCAUGCUUUUCUUAAAACUGAUCAGCGUCAUGGAUAUUCAGUUAAUCCUGAGAAAUAUCAAACAAUCAAAUGUUUAAAGUAGUACAAUAGUAAAUGUGGUGGUUGUGCUAACAAUACAGUCUGGAGGAUCAGCACUUUUUCUAUGCCGUGCCUUAUUUAUCCCCUAAUUGUGUCACUUUAGAGUGUUGUCCUUGUUGUAUUCCACAUAUUCAUAAUGGGAUAAAAGCAAAUGUUGAAUAUUUUUUCAAUUUAGAGUUUCGACUUAGAUUAAACAUGUUGUGUCUGCUAUACCCCUUAUAAAUACCGGACAUAAAAAAAAAAUGAACCAUCCUUUCCUGGUGUCACCACAGUGGUUUAGCCAUCAAUAAUGACAUAGUAUACUCAGUAUACUCAGUCCACACACACACACACACACACACACACACACACACACACACACACACACACACACACACACACACACACACACACACACACACACACACACA